CCUCCCAUCCAUUCAGAUUCAGACACCGGAGAAUCUGAAGGCACUCAAGAUAUCCUAACAUGCGGGUCCUGUCAGAAAACGUUCGCUCUCUCCGACAUUGUGCGAUUCAUCCAGCACAAAGUGCUGCAGUGCAACAAGGAAAAUUACGGCCAAUGCUACUCGCAAGCAACCGCCGGUGACAGGGAUUCGGACGAUGGACGGCCGCUGACGUUGGCCAACUCGCGGCGGCCCUCGAUCUCGGCUCCGAUCUCGGCGCGGAAACCCAGCGGGUCCCGGGUUCACACGCCACCGCCGACCAGCCCCGCCGAGCUGCUGCGGGACGGUGCUUCCAGUACGCCGAAACGGCUCAAUGAAG